AGGCGCAUAACUUGGAGAGAUACCUCCCACUCGCGGGUGGGAAGGGAAAGAAGGGGGGGUUGAACACAAUACACGAUCUUCCUUCUUUGGGCGCUGGGAAUUAUAACUCGCGCCAGUCGGGGACAGCAUGUCUGGGAGCAAAUACGUGGACUCCGAGGAUUAUAGCUACACCGCGCCCAUCCGGGAGCAAGGCAACAUCUACAAGCCCAACAACAAAGCCAUGGCAGAUGAGAUGAACGAGAAGGAGUACCACGACGUCCACACCAAGGAGAUCGACUUGGUCGACAGGGACCCCAAGCAUCUCAACGACGACGUCGUCAAGAUUGACUUUGAAGAUGUGAUUGCUGAACCUGAGGGAACCCACAGUUUUGAUGGAAUCUGGAAAGCUAGCUUCACCACCUUCACUGUGACAAAAUACUGGUUUUAUCGCUUAUUGUCGGCACUCUUUGGCAUUCCCAUGGCUCUCAUCUGGGGCAUUUACUUUGCCAUCUUGUCGUUCCUCCACAUCUGGGCGGUGGUGCCCUGCAUCAGAAGCUAUCUGAUCGAGAUCCAGUGCAUUGGCCGAGUUUAUUCUAUCUUCAUACACACCUUCUGUGACCCACUUUUUGAGGCUAUUGGCAAAAUGUUCAGCUCCAUCAAAGCAACUGUACAGAAAGAAGUGUAAAUGAUGUGUUGAAGGAACCUGAAGACUAUCAAGGCUGUCAGCAGUUACCAGAAUCCAGCAGCAUCAGCUAAUGAAGCAAUCAACCUGAAUUCAGGCAAAGAAGUCACAAGUUUCUUUUAAUCCCUCCUGAAUUUUAUAUUAUUCAGUGUUUUUAGGAGGGAAAACAAUCUCUAUUUUUAAAGAAGAAGAAAAAAACAAAUUUAAAUGGCUGCUUUUUUAUUCCUAGCUGCCCAUUGAUCUGCUGACCCUUAACAAACUGACUCAUUAUUCUGCUUACACCUUCUGUUCAUUUGUUGCAAGUUAAAUUCACAGCGCUAUAAUAAAGAACUGCCAAAAAAAAUUGCUUUCCAGCACUACUGUAACACUGCUCUUCAUUUUACUGUGAGCGAAAAGGGGUCUAAAGCUGUUACAGCAUAAUGAACACGACAAGCUGGCAGAUUUUAAUAGAAUGUUCUUUUUUCAGACGUAUUGUCAGUCAGCUGUCGCUCUGUACUGUAGUGAGCUAUAUAUAACUGCUAUGCAGAGAGAGAGAGAGAGAAAGUUCUAAGUAAAUAAAUAAUAUAUAUGCUCGAAAGAAGGAAAGAAAGAAAAUCCUUUAGGAGGACAGUGCCUUCAAACAACUUUUUCCUAUCCACAGUAAACGACUGCAGUGUGCUUCCUCUUUCCUGCCUUGUUGUUGAUCAUGGGAGAUUAUUUGAAGAUUUUUUUUUAUUGUAUAUCACAAAAAGGAAUACACCCAAAUGCUUUUUCUAAUAAGAAAACUGUAAUUUCUAAAAAGAAAGAAAGAAUUGUGCAUCUAAUCCAGUAUCAUGAACUUCUGAUUGGUUGCUUUUGUGCCUGAUUUGCUGGUUCUCCUCCUCCUUACUUGGCCACACCAACACUUCCUUGCUGAGCUAUGAUCCUACAGAUUUUGAUGCUCAAGAUCAGAAUUCAAGUCAGAAAUAUAUUGUGAAUGUAUUUUCUACACAGCGCUUCCAUCAGCAAAAAGGUCUCUUACACGUCUUACAAUGCAAUGGUUUCUCCUUGAAGAGAGAACUAACCUUUUAGGAACAUGUUCACAAACAUAAGUUUCAAAUUGAGUAAGCAAAUGUUUGUCCCUGCGGAGGGACACUUUUAUUUUAUUUUAUUUUAGGCUGCUUUCUUUUUUCUUUUUUUUCUUUUUUUUUUCAAAAUGACUGUCAAGGUUAGUUCAACUAAUGCAGUGCAAUCUAUGAACUGUGUUUGCAACAGUGGUGUGGGAAAGUUGUAGGAAGGGUUAACUUUGCCAUUCCUCGUCCAUUCAAAUCAAGAUGCUACUAGCACAUCCAUGCUUUUCUUACUUCACAGUCAUACACCAGAAGAGUGACUUCUGCAACCCUCCAUUGUGGUUCACUCCCUUCCUAAAUUGAACUGUACCUAUGAAUCAGGAAGACUUCAUGGAGGAAAUCCCAAUGAAGCCGACUGGAAAAAUACAGAAACAGAUAAUUUCCAAUUUCGUUUUCUUCAUGCUAUGACCUGCUUGGUGGUUUUGCCAUUACCACGACCUAACUGUGGUUUGUUGGUUUUGUGUGAAUCUGCUUGUUGCUUUUUUGAAAAGCUGUGAGGCUACAAGUUGCUGGGAUAAACUUCUUUCUGAAUUCAAACUGAGGAAAUUAAAGCUUCAAGCUUACUCUGGCUUGUUUGAAUUCUGAGCACAAAGCCUGAAGUGCCUUCCAGGUAGUGCAAGCCCAAGGGUUAUUAUUAGAGAUAAUCUCAACAUAGUUUGUUAUACUAUGUAACUGCUUCAACCUCUUUCCUUUAUCUUUACAUUCAUAGUAUACUUACAGUGCAGUCCUAAGCAGCUUUACCCAAAAGCAGUGGGUCGGGGGGCUGGUUUUCCCCAUCCAGAAAUGCCAUGGCUUCCCAUGCAGCUGCACUGUGAAAAGAUGGCAACAAAUCAUGGCAGCAGAUUUCAGCACCAAAAUGGAAAAUGGCAUCGAGCCAUGCCAAAAAUGCUUGUUUAAUUGUCACUUUUUUCUGGUUGCUUCUUCAGAAACCCAUUUAAAAGACCAUGGCUUGGACUGAGUUGGUGCCCAAAUAUAGAUUGCUGUGCGGGGAUGCCAAACUAAUGUUGUAGAUUACAUGCAGGCUACAUGCUGCUCAUCCUCGCUUUACUGAAUUAUCAUUAGGGCUGGCUGAAGAUACUUUGCCACCUGACAUGGAGCCCAAAUGGCACUUCUACCCAUAACCCAACCUUACCAGGCAUGUUUUGUAUUCCUGAAAGCCUCACGCCUUGCUUUCUUUUGUGUGCCCCCCUAUACACACACACACUGAUGGGAAGCAGACAGCUCUGUCCUGCUGCACAACAGGACAGGUCCUGAAAUGCAUGAGAUUAUAGCCCUUAGUCCCCUACCAAUACUGCCCAGCUUGUGACUUAGAGGCAACCAAUGUUGCUAAAGUCUUUUCCAAGACAGAGCCCAGUUUCCUUUGCUAAAUUCAUUGCCACCCUUUCCCACAAGAUGUUUCCUUCAACUGCCAUUGCAGUUGAAGUUAAGGAUUUUAUUGCACGGGCAAACUGGCAUAGCAGCAGGAUGGACCCUAUUGCACUAUGUUGUGUGCAUUGCCACCCUUUUUUCCUCAAGACGUUUCCUUCAAUUGCCAUAGCAGUUGAAGUUAAGGACUUUCUCGCCCUGGCAAACUGGCAUAGAAGCAGGAUGGUUCCUAUAGUGCAAUGCUGAGUGAAACUUAUUGCCGGUCUGCCACCUCCCCAUGACAAACCUGUCCUCUGCUAUUGAUGGGCAAAACUUGCCAAGAGCCACAAUCACUACACAGUGCCACAACUUACCUGGUGCAAUGAUCCCCCAGUGGCUUCUGUGCCGGCAUUUUUAUUAUACCUCGCAGAAAUUGCGAAGUUGCUUUCAUGAAAUAAGUUUGCAAAAAAUACUGAAGUGGCUGAACUGCAGAGGGCAGAUCGCUGGGCCUUUAACCGGAAAUGUUGUCACGAAAUGGCAGGUCACCAAAGUGUCAUGGUGCAGCGCUUUGAGGUGUGAUAGGGACAAUCAUCAUGUCAUUAAUUUGCUGUUAUCCCUGAUUGCAUGAAAGCAACAGAUAGCAGCAUCAUUCAGUAAUGCAGUGGUUCUCAACCUGUGGUCCCCAGAUGUUUUGGCCUUAAAGUCCCAGAAAUCCUAACAGCUGGUAAACUGGCUGGGUUUUCUGGGAGUCGUGGGCCAAAACACCUAGGGACCCACAGGUUGAGAACCACUGCAGUAAAGCCUUUGGAUAGUUUGAGUAGUAGACAGUUACCUUGAUCUCAGGUGCUAUGCAUAGGGGAUUCCCAUCACACAUCAACCAACUGUUCUUUUUAAAGUGAAGUCUUUGUAUCCGUUUAAUAAACAGCACAAGAGAUGCACAGUUGUUGUGGGACAGCCAGAAAAAUGAUUUCCUUAAUUGGGCCCCAAUACGGAGGGACAAACGUAUUUCCCCUUAUUAAUCUGUGACCAUGACCAAGACAUUCACAUUUUUGUAACAAGAAAAUGGGAAUGUUUUACUGCAGAGAUGCAGUUCUUCCUCCAAACAGAAGAUGUAUUGCUAUUUGGCAUACAGAAAGAAAUGUUACACUUUCAUCGGUGCCAGGAAAUGCAUAAUUAAUCUCCAUUUCAUGGUCACACACAAUUUGACAUCUUUUUGAAAGCUUUAUUUUCAUUUAACUUUUUAUUUUUAUUUUUAAUUAUUAUCAAAGGAUUUUGCCCAUUUUAGUUCUAGUUUCAAACUAGUCCAGCUAUGACACAAUUCCUACUGAGAGUAGUGUCAUAUCAUUUCUUUUACAUUUCCCCCUAAAGAAAGCUUGUAGUGUGAGCUUAUAGUGUGCAAUACAACUCACCCCAUUUUGUGCACGGCGCACACACUUACUCAAGCCAUCCCUGCCAUUGCUGCAUUGUUUUUUAGGUCAUGUAGCUCAGUGGCAGAGUAUAUUUCUUCCAUGUUUAGGUCCUGGGUUCAACUCCAGCAUUUUCAGGUAACACUAAGGUCCUUUCCACACAGCUAAAUAAAAUUCCACAUUAUUUGCUUUGAACUGGAAUAUAGGGCAGUGUAGAUUCAGAUAACACAGUUCAAAGCAGAUAUUGUGGGUUUUUCUGCCUUGUUAUUCUGGGUUAUAUGGCUGUGUGGAAGGGCCCUAAAAAAACAACCUGCAUGACACCCUAGAUAGGCAAUGCCAACCACUGGAAACCAGAUGGACCAUUGUUCUGACUCUGUGUUCCUAAACUUGUGUCCAUCCUACAGGAAGGCAGUCUCCUCCUACCCUUCAGCUUUAUAUAGUGCAAGCUUAGAGCAACACUGGUGCGGGAUCACAGCUUGUCCUCCAAAAAUGCAAAUAAAUUAAAUCUAUUGUGUUUCACCACAGUGGAAACACAUUGUAGAUGUGAUUGAAUACUGUAGCUUAGGCCAGCUCGCCCCUUGUUGCUAGGAUGUUUUAUGAAAGCACAUGCUCCCAAACAAGAUGUUUCCAUGUAGUUGCAUAAAUUGGGCUCAAGAUGGUCAAGGGUAUAUUUGAUUUCCACAGAAAGCUCAUUAAGUUAAGAAAAAAUACAAUAGAGCGAGGCCUACAUGAUCCGUACUACUCAGGGUGCAAGUUAUUACUGAAACGAAAAGAGAAAAAUGUAAUUGGUUUUCAGUAAUUCUAAUAUAUUUGCUCAGUAGUAACCAACCUACAGAGUUUUAAGAGAUCAAACUUAUGAGGACGCUUCCUUUAUUUUUGGCACAUAAAUUACAAAUGUAGUCACCUUCUCUCUCUUUGCAUUUUGAAAACAAACACUGGUCUGGCUAUAUAGUUUUAUCUUUUUAUUCUGUACAUAAGUGAGAGUGUACUAUGAAAUAUAUAUUUUGCAGUAUUGCAACACAUCUUUGGUGAGAAUGUAAACAAGAUGCCUUAUAUCUUUGCAUAAGGAAAAUCACUUUUGAAAUCUAUUACAUAAAACUGUGUAUCCAGAAAGAGCUUCCAGAUGCAAAUAAAUUGCUGAUCCAGAAUAUUUGCAAAGCUAUUGUAUGCUUACAUUAUAUAACAGACACUUCUUUUUUAUUCUGCAUGUUCAACAACCAAAGCUACAAUCUUCACAAUAAAAGCUGUUUUAAUAGAAA